AUGGCAAGACGUCACUCACGUGUACUCGUGGGCCCACUCACGUGCAAGGGGCCCCGGCGAGGAAGGUUCGGCGAGAUCUUGGGACUGUGGAAGGUGCACCCCAGGGCCAACACCAACUUCACUUCGAAGGUAAGUUUCCACCAGCUCAUUCUCGCCCGAAACUCACUAGGUGCGAACAAUCAGAGCCUUCAGCACCGUUCGACGAGUGACCAGCUUGUCUGCGGCCAAAACGACAUUUCAGAAGAACUCCAUAUCCCAGUCCCCGCCUGUAUCAUCUCCGGCAACACUCGUCCGCGCAUUCAGCGGGCUCUCGCUCCGAAGCAGCAGCCAAAGCAACGUCGCAAGAACCUGUCCUUCUUCUGCAUCACCGCUCUUUCACAGUUGCACCGUCCGCCCAUCUCUGCAGCAGGCGAUGAAGACGACAUCACCAGUCUCUCUCUCGAUGAGAACGAUGUCCACCCCUCGGCAUUUCUCUACCACAUCGGCUCUCAUGGGCAGCCGACGGCGGAUGGACACUUUCAGCCCUUCGAGACGGAUCCAGAAGCGAAGGCAUGGCUAUCUAGCUAG